AUGGAUGAUAUGUUGAUUGUGGGUAAGAAUACUUCCAAGAUUGACGAGUUGAAGAAAGAGUUGCGAAAGUCUUUUGCUAUGAAAGACUUGGGUCAGGCCAAGCAAAUUUUGGGCAUGAGAAUUACUCGUCUCAGAGAUGAAAGGAAGAUUUAUUUGUCACAGAAAAAGUACAUUGAAUGUGUACUAGAGCGCUUCAAUAUGAAGAAUGCCAAGCCUAUUAUUACACCUUUUGCUGGUCAUAUGAAGUUGAGCAAGAAGAUGUGUCCAACAGCUAGGGAGGAAAAAGAGAGCAUAGCCAAAGUUCCAUAUUCCUCAGUUGUCAGAAGUCUAAUGUAUGCAGUGGUAUGUACUAGACCUGAUAUUGCUCACGCAGUUAGUGUUGUCAGCAGAUUUCUGGACAAUCUGGGAAAAGAGCAUUGGGAAGUUGUGAAGUGGAUACUCAGGUAUCUUAGAGGAAGCUCAGAUGAAUGCUUGUGUUUUGGAGCAUCAGAUCCAAUCUUAAAGGGCUAUAUAGAUGUUGAUAUGCCAGGUGACCUUGAUAACAGAAAAUCCACUACUGGAUAUUUGUUUAUUUUUUCAGGGGAAGCUAUAUCAUGGCAGUCGAAGUUGCAGAAGUGUGUUGUACUAUCUACAAUUAAAGCUGAGUAUAUUGCGGCUACUGAAGCCGACAAGGAGUUGAUAUGGCUAAAGUGA